AUGGGGUGGCACACUCAAAGUCUGAAAGAGGAAAUCAAUGCCCAGGCCUGCUUUAUUCUCAUGCGAUUGGUGGCAGGUGCUGGCUAUCUGCCAGAAAACAGUGUAUCCCGACACAGAAGGAAUCAUUCACAGCAUAUCUUGAAGGAUAUCAUUCCUCCAUUGGAACAACUGAUGGUUGAAAAAGAAGGUUAUCUUCAAAAAGCUAAAAUUGCAGAUGGAGGAAAGAAACUAAGGAAAAACUGGUCUACUUCCUGGAUUGUGCUUUCUAGUAGAAAAAUUGAAUUUUACAAAGAAUCCAAACAACAGGCUCUGUCCAAUACGAAAACUGGGCACAAAGCAGAAAGUGUGGAUUUGUAUGGGGCACAUAUAGAAUGGGCCAAGGAAAAAUCAAGCAGAAAGAAUGUCUUUCAGAUCACAACAGUAUCUGGAAAUGAAUUCCUUCUCCAGUCCGAUAUUGACUUCAUUAUAUUGGAUUGGUUCCAUGCUAUCAAAAAUGCAAUCGACAGAUUGCCAAAGGAUUCAAGUUGUUCGUCAAGAAACCUGGAAUUAUUCAAAAUCCAAAGAUCCUCAAGUACUGAAUUGCUAAGUCACUAUGAUAGUGAUAUUAAAGAACAGAAACCAGAGCACAGAAAAUCUUUAAUGUUCAGACUGCAUCAUAGUGCUUCUGAUACAAGUGACAGAAACCGAGUUAAAAGCAGAUUAAAGAAGUUCAUUACCCGGAGACCUUCCCUGAAAACUCUGCAAGAGAAAGGACUUAUUAAAGAUCAAAUUUUUGGCUCUCAUCUGCACACAGUGUGUGAACGUGAAAAUUCCACAGUUCCAUGGUUUGUAAAGCAAUGCAUUGAAGCUGUCGAAAAAAGAGGCCUAGAUGUUGAUGGAAUAUAUCGAGUUAGUGGCAAUCUGGCAACAAUACAGAAGUUAAGAUUUAUUGUCAACCAAGAAGAGAAGCUGAAUUUGGACGACAGCCAGUGGGAGGACAUCCACGUUGUCACCGGAGCACUGAAGAUGUUUUUCCGGGAGCUGCCUGAGCCUCUCUUCCCUUACAGUUUCUUUGAGCGGUUUGUGGAAGCAAUCAAAAAGCAAGACAAUAACACAAGAAUUGAAACCAUAAAGUCUCUUGUACAAAAACUCCCUCCACCAAAUCGUGACACCAUGAAAGUUCUCUUUGGACAUCUAACUAAGAUAGUGGCCAGAGCCUCCAAGAACCUGAUGUCCACACAAAGCUUAGGGAUUGUAUUUGGACCCACCCUUCUGCGAGCUGAAAAUGAAACAGGGAACAUGGCGGUUCACAUGGUCUACCAGAACCAGAUCGCUGAGCUCAUGCUGAGCGAGUACAGUAAGAUCUUCGGCUCAGAAGACUGACAGACAAGACAAGUACUGAAUAUGUUCACAUCUGUCUCGAUGCCUAAUAUUUUUACAUUUCUGUAAACAUAUUUCUGAAAUAUUUUUUUCCUUUCAAGUGACAGAUGCCUCGUUUUGUGAAAACUUAAUGAUGAUUUUGUGUUUAAGUUCCAAACAUUUGAAUAAAAUAAUUGACAAUA